AUGACAGAGUACGCCCCUGAACCCCGAACGUAUACGGCUCUUGCGGGAGGAGAAGCUAAAGAUGUCACUAGUUUAAUCGCCUUUCACUCGUACUAUUCGCGCCAUUCCUUCCUGUCCCCCUCCACCAUGAUUCCGCGUCCCACCAGCCACAAACGAUCCCUCUCCUCAGGCAAUAGGUCUCACUCCCCCAAUAGACUCGUCACUAAAGCCAGGUCUAUAAAUGACCUGUCUGCAGCCGCUUUGGGGAAACCCACACCGGCCAUUCGUUCUGUUAGCGUUGGGGGAUUCCCGGAUAACAACUUCAGCACAUUAAAAGACCCCAGACUUCCAAGCAGUCCCGAAUCUUCUGAGUCGCCCUCGCCUCCGUCACAUCACCCUGGUCUCAGCAAUGAAGUUGCCGCUCUGAGCGCUAAGCUCGUGCAGGCAAUCAACAAUCAAACAAAACUCGAUGAUAACCUAGUCGCCACCCGCCAAGACUUGGACCAGGCGCGGGAGCGGGUUCGUGCGCUAGAAUCAGCAAACGAGAGCUAUCGACGAGACAUUGAAAAUCUGGUCUAUAUCAAGAAAUCCGAUGCUGAUGACGAAAUUACCCGCCUCAAGGCCGCUUUGGCGGAAGAAAAGGCUCAGCGCAUCUCGGUGGAAAAGGAAAAGAAAGGUAUUGAGCAAGAGCUAGAGGCUCUGACAGCCGCCCUCUUUGAGGAAGCAAACAAGAUGGUUGCCGCUGCGAAGCUUGAGCGCGAAGCCGUUGAAAAGAAAAAUGAACAGCUACGCUCCCAAAUCAAAGACACCGAAUCUCUUCUCGCGUCGCAUCAGGAACAACUCGCAGAGCUGAAAUCCGUUCUGCAUGUUAUGAACAUAUCAAACCAUGAUCUCGAUGGUCGCACAGCCAUCUCCACUGCUCCACCCUCCCCAGCCGGUCCCCUUCAACCAUCGGGUCUUUCUAGAAAGAGCAUGGAAGCUACAGAUCUUCAAGAUCAAGUCGUCCAUGCCGAAAUCGCCCCCGGACCCUCCACCAGUUUUGCAAACUUCAUCAAAGCAGUGUGCCGAACCGACCUGCAGGCGUACGAGGAUUUCCGGGAAUUGUUUUACCUAGUCAAAACCUCUAAACCUCCUAGCCGGGCUGCGAGCGGGACCUAUGCAGGGUUGAACGUUAUGAGCUUGGCUGGUUUCAGCACCAGCGGAUUCGGCUCCGCUAACUCGUCCCCCUCCAAAUCCGUGACCCAUUCCCCUAAUGGAAGUGUCUCGUCACAGCACACAACAUCUGGAAUUUCUCUCAAGGAGACUCGCUUCUAUAAGAGGGUUCUCAUGGAGGAUAUAGAGCCAACCCUAAGACUUGAUGCAGCCCCUGGCAUAUCUUGGCUGACCCGACGCUCUGUUCUGAGUGGGAUCUGCGAAGGAAGUCUUGUUGUAGAGCCAAUGCCAUCCACUGUUAAGAAAUACGAAUGUCCAUGCUCGCUAUGUGGCGACCGUCGAAACGGCGGUGAUAACGAGCGGACUCAUCGUUUCCGCACAUCUGACAAUGAAACCGCGCAACGGUAUCCCCUCUGUGUUCUUUGCCUGGAAAAGGUGCGCUCUUGCUGUGAAUUCACCGGUUACCUUCGCCUUAUCCUUGACGGCCAUAUUCAUGUCGACGAAAGCGACGAGGAGAAGGAAGCAUGGGAGGAGACUGUUCGCCUGAGGGAGAGAAUGUUCUGGUCCAGAAUUGGGGGAGGCAUUAUCCCUAUGUUCGCACAGACGAGUGCUAUAGUGGAACAGCAGGAGGAACAACCGCCCCACACGGCUACAGAGGCUUCCGAUAGCUCCGCCAUGCAGGUUGAACAGGAUAACACCAAGGACACAAUCACAAACGAGAAGGUGUCCGCCAAAGAGGAAAUAUGCGUCACCACCAUUGUCGAACCUCUGCCCAACGGCACCACGGUUUGA